UCGGUCAUGUGAUCAGCUGUGUCCCAUCACAGCUGAUCACUGAUGAUCAGUGUGCCCUGAUGAUCUGUGUAGCCCCAGCAGCGCUACCUGCCAGUGGCCAUCAGUGCCACAUCAGUGCCACAUUUCAGUGCCCAUCAUUACCACAUCAAUGCCACAUAACAUUGCCCAUCUGAGAUGCCUUUCAGUGUCACCCAUCAGUGCCACCUAUCAGUGCCAGUCAGUGCCGCCUAUCAGUGUGAAUCAGUGCUGCCUAUCAGUGCCUGUCAGUGCUGCCUAUCAGUGCCGCCUAAUGGUG